AUGAGCUCGAAAUCACAAGUGACUUUGGUCCCAUGGGACCCUAAAUCUACCACUCAUCUGCAGCGCCUAGUGGAACAGCGACUGCAGUGCACAUGGGAUCAUGAAAAGGUUGCAACCAGCUGGCGAGAGAGCCAGAUAAAGGGUAACAAAUGCCUAUAUUGGAUUGAAGCUGAAAUGCUGCAAGAUACCGCUGCCUAUAUUAAUGGUGUAGCCCGGGACGCAUCAAAAAGAAAUUUCGUUCCCGUUGGCCACAUCGCUCUAGAUGAAGGAAACCCGGACGCAAAAGACAUUGAGCUAGAUCUCCCAUCAGAAGGCGUGUUCUGGAUUAAGACUUUCUUUGUUACACAUGCCUUACAGAGCAAGGGCAUUGGGCGAGCUGCACUAGACGAAGUUGAGACAAUGGCCGUCAAAGAGCCUCUUCAGGCUAGAAUUUUGAUGCUGGACACGGUCCAAAAAGACGACCAAAGAAGAAAGGAGUUCGCAGACCUUGUUUACGGGGGCAUGCCUAAGGUUACCAACCAGGAAUGGUAUGCCAGACGGGGCUACCGACUGGCUAAAACCGUGCAGAACUACUAUCAAGUGCCAGACAAGACAGGCAAAAUUUGGGAUACUAAGACUGUUUUUAUGAGGAAGGAUAUUGCAUAA